AAUCUAUUGGCGGUUGCGGCCGUAUUGGGCAUGGUUACGGCGGACAAAAUCUGCCCGGAUGCUACAUUAAUAAAAGCACCAUGCAAGUUUGUUGAGGUUGCUAACAUAAAAUGCGCGAUUGAAUGCGACAGCGGAAAUGCACUCGAUUUAGUGGUUUUGUUUAAAAGCCUUCAAACAUCACUGAAAGCCGAGGAGAAAACAUUCGUACGGUUUGUAUUGAAAAACUGGAAAAUCACUGAACUUCCGGCCAAUGUGUUCGCCGACAUUGUAUUUGACGCUAUAAUCAUUGAAGAUGCCCAAAGUUUGAAAAAAAUUCACCCAGCUGCUUUUAACGGUGGAGCGUACAGGGUCAAACGUUUAGAUAUUGUUAACACACCCGUAAACGAGGCUGUUGUCACGGGUGGUGACCUAUUCACGGCCAUUCAAAGUUUACCCAAUUUAGCUAACUUGCGACUAAUUAAAACUAAUUUGACCAUGAUACCGGCAAGUGACAAUGCGGCGAUCGAGGAGAUACAGUAUACAGCGUUUCCCAUAAGUUCAGUCGCCUCUAAAGAUCCCCUGGAAAUCCGCUUAAUUGCCGAUCACUUGUCAUACAAUGCACUCGUGGCCACUACUUUCAGUGGUAUCAAUAGACCCGUCAGUCUAUACGUUACGGACAAUGGCUUUCAGUAUAUAAAACAAGCGAUAUUUGAAGGUGGUAUCAAUAGACCCGUCAGUCUAUACGUUACGGACAAUGGCUUUCAGUAUAUAAAACAAGCGAUAUUUGAAGGGUUUGUCAAACAAAACCCAUUGAAUGUGAUUAUAUCGGACACUGACUGCGAGGACACUAAUAAUGAUUGGCUGAGAAAAACGUAUCCCAAACAGUGGAAUGAUGUGAAUUGUUUUGGUUUAAUGAACGCUCAAGCUCGUUUAAAUAAACUAUUUAUAGCCAUAAAUUCACCAGGACACGACCGCUUUCCCGCACCAAAUGGUAUAAUUUCCACAUUAGAAAUGAAUCCGCGUCCGAGACUUUGUAAGGGCGAUGGCCAGUAUCGUAUUAAACGAUUGGACAUUGUUAAUACACCCGUAGGCGACAAAAGUGGUUAUGAUUAUGAUUUGUUCAAGGCAAUUCAAAGCAUACCGAACUUGGCCAAUUUGAGGCUAACAAAAACUAAUUUGACCACGCUGCCCGAGAAUGGUAUUAAAGGAUUCUAUGAUCUCCAACACAUUUAUAUCGAGCAAAAUAAGGCGUUGAAAACAAUUGGCUACGACGCGUUUAAAAAUUUACCUAAAUUAAAAACGCUUCAAAUUAAGGGCAAUGAAGCCCUACAAGAGAUCGCGAGUACAGCGUUUCCUAUUAGUGAUGUCGCCAUUAAAGAUCCCCUGGAAAUCCGCUUAAUUGCCGAUCAUUUAAAUUACGCCAAACUUUUGAGCACUACUUUCGAUGCCAUCAAUAGACCCGUCAGUCUAUACGUUACCGACAAUGGCUAA